CCCAGAGCCUCCUCCCAGGCAGGGGAGAUGCUCCAGUGCCUGCCUUUGGAAGGAGAGGAAGGGACAGACUCAGAAGAGAGGGAGGAUAGUUCCACAGAAGAUUCGAAAGACAUCGUCACCCUGGCUUUUUUGAGCGAGAACUCUGGGGCGCAAAAGGGUCUUCAGAAUGCCCAGCAGCAAGGCAAGAAGAGGAAAAAAAAGAGAUGAUUGGUGAUCAAUCUAACCAGCUGCCGAUAUGAGAGCGUGCGAAGGGCCGCCCAACAGUAUGGCCUCCGAGAGGGAGGGGAGAGUGGCGACUGGACUCUCUACUGGACUGACUAUUCGGUGUCACUGGAACGGGUGAUGGAAAUGAAAAGUUACCAGAAAAUCAAUCACUUUCCAGGGAUGAGUGAAAUCUGUCGCAAGGACUUGCUGGCCAGGAAUAUGGGCCGCAUGUUAAAGAUGUUCCCUAAAGAUUUCCACUUUUUCCCCAGGACCUGGUGUCUUCCUGCUGACUGGGGAGAUUUGCAGAACUACAGCAGGUCAAGAAAAAACAAGACAUACAUCUGCAAGCCAGAUUCGGGCUGCCAGGGGAGAGGCAUAUUCAUCACCCAGACAGUGAAAGAAAUCAAACCAGGGGAGGAUAUGAUCUGUCAACUCUAUAUUUCAAAGCCCUUUAUCAUUGAUGGGUUCAAGUUUGACCUACGGAUUUAUGUGCUCAUGACAUCCUGUGACCCUCUCAGGAUUUUUGCGUACAAUGAAGGCCUGGCCCGCUUCGCCACCACCUUUUACUCCCAUCCCUGCACAGACAACCUGAACGAUAUCUGCAUGCACCUGACUAAUUAUUCCAUUAAUAAGCACAGUUCCAAUUUCCUUCAAGAUGCUCACUCUGGCAGCAAGAGGAAGCUCUCCACCUUCAACGCGUACAUGCAGAGCCACGGCUACAAUGUGGAGCAGAUAUGGAGGGAUAUCGAGGACGUCAUCGUCAAGACCAUCAUCUCAGCCCACCCCGUCAUCAAGCAUAACUACCACACCUGCUUCCCCAGCCACACGCUCAACAGUGCCUGCUUUGAAAUCCUGGGCUUCGACAUUUUGUUGGAUCACAAACUCAAGCCCUGGCUGCUGGAGGUCAACCACUCUCCGAGCUUCUCCACUGACUCCUGGUUGGAUAAAGAGGUAAAGGACAGUCUGCUGUAUGACACGCUGGUCCUGAUCAACCUGAGAAGCUGUGACAAAAAGAAAGUCUUGGAGGAGGAGAGGCAACGGGGGCGGUUCCUGCAGCAGUGUCGUUCGCGGGAGACCAGGAUGGAGGAAGUCAAGGGUUUUCAGGCCGUGCGUCUAGAGAAAACUGAGAAGUAUGAGAUGGAAAACUGUGGAGGGUUCCGCCUGAUUUAUCCCAGCGUGAACUCACAGAAGUACGAGAAGUUUUUCCAGGACAACAACUCCCUCUUCCAGAACACUGUCACCUCCAGGGCUCGGGAGGUGUACGCGCGGCAGCUGAUCCAGGAGCUGAGGCUAAAACAGGAGAAGAAAUCCUUCCAAACGAAGGAGAAGAAGGUAGAGAUGCAGGGGGAAUCAGCAGGCGAGCAAGGGAGAGGCAAGAGCAUGCGGAGCUGGGGACAGAAACAACGGCAGAAAUGCAAGCCCGCCACCACUCACACCUUCAAACAAUACGUCCAGCCAUUGACAUUGGUGUUCUGCGCACCUGAUUUGCUCUCGAGUGUUAGAGACGCAAAGAAAAGUGAGCCAGACAGCAGCCUCGACCAAGAGGCCCCCAAGAAGGAGGCUGGCCCUGCUCCUGCUAGGCCUUACAGCUCAGUACCUGCCUUGAGGAAUUCAAGCCUUCUUGACUGCUCCAGGCCAGAGCUCAAUAAAGCCACCUCCGGAAUCAAGGAAGCCAAGUCGGCCUCUGCGGUGGACACAAUCGCCAGCCCUGUGCCUCUAACCUCAAUAGAAACUUUCCCAGAAUCCACCACCCAGGGCUCAGACUCUCCCAAGUCUCUGCUGAGUAUGACCAUGACCACCAGCUCUGAAUGCAGUAGCCCAGAGAUGGUUAGGGUGGCCUCCCUUAAAUGCAAGCAGCAUUGGAUACCUCGGUACCUCAUCCAGGAGAAAAUAGCACAAAUUUCUCUGCCUCAGAAAUCCCAGAGCUUCUUGGGGAGUCUGAACCCCAGCUGGACUUUGCAGAAGAAUGGCGUGAAGAAGCAGCUUCCCACGUCAGGGCUCUUCACCAAGGUUCAACCGAGGGAGGAUCUCUCCAUGUCCCCAGCUCACUACAACCCAGAGCUGGUGCUGAGUGACCAGUCACAAUACCUCUCCCUGCCCCAGGAGUGCUACUUCCACAGCCGAAGCUCUGUCGAGAAGAGGCAGCUGCAUGUGCCCUCCCUUCUCCUCCUGCAGAAUCUUCAGGGCCAUGAUGUUUCCCAGAAUGAUCUGCUGGUGGUUGCAACUCCAGCCCGACUGGAUCCGAGGCCUGGCAGAAGCCAUGUAGGUGCUGUGAGAGACCCAUGUAUACACAGUCGCUGCCUGAUCUCUGGCCAGAAAGGAUGUGAGAGGAACUAGGUACGCCCACCUGUAGUCCCUUAAUGUGUCUGGCGCAUUGUCAGACACUAUAUAUUUCUAUUUCUGGAAUGUUGGGUCGGUAGGCAGACAGACGGAUUGAUAAAGAUGUACAGGUAAGUAGACGGUUCAGACUAACCUCCAUCGAAAUGUGACCCCCUUGCAAUGACUUGCUAUGACUGAUCCAAGCACACUUUGCCUCGUCUUCCAAGAUGGUGCUAAAAUCAAGACCGUCACUAGCGCCAGUCCCAGAAGUAGGACCGUAUCAACCAGGAGGGGCUGAUUUCCACACCUUUUGUGCUGUGCCAGCCUGGCCCAGGUCCAGGUCACUUGGGCCCAAAGCUGGCCCUGGAGCAGAGUGUACUGACGGGACAGGGCAACAGGACAGCUGAGCCCGAGGAGAUCUGGAAACAAAGGCCCUUAGGCUUUGACUCCAGUGUGUCAAAGGACCAAAGAGAUAGCAAACUUUAGUGCCCCCAAAGGAAGGUGGUGCUUACAAAUUUAGGAGAACUCUACGGUAAAGUGGAGGCAUCUGUGCUGCUCGGCUGCGGAUAGAAGAAGGCGUUAUAUUUUAAUCGUCUCCCUCACUCCCACCACCGAAAGUGGACCGUGACCAGAGUGACCCGUAGCUCCCACUGCAGAAGGGCUGGCAAGUGAACAUUAGCCCACAGGCAUCACUGUGGGUGCUCAUAAAAAUGCAUAUUCCAAGGCCUGCUCCCAGAAAUCCUGA